ACCUCAAGACGCGUCAAGUCAAGGCCCCGCUGAUGGAGCGCGCGUGUGUCGCCGCCUCUAUUUGCGUAGUGGAGGCUGGCUCCACCUUUCAAGCAUUGCAGUGACCUCAGCAGUGGGCUGAAUAGAGCUGGGUGGGAUUUUGUGCCUCGUAUUCAAGGAUCACGAUUUAACGGUGUAUGUGACGGAGCGAAUGAACGUUUAGCCGGUAACGUUACGCGCUGAACGGUGCAGGAUUUGUGUUCGUGUUUGCGUGCGGCUAACGACAGGGAUCAAAUAAACGAGGAAUGUGGGAUUUACAGAAUGCCCAACAGCGUUGGAAAAAGAUUUAAACCCACCAAAUACAUCCCGGUGUCCACUACCGCCACUCUUCUGGUGGGAUCCACUACUUUAUUCUUCGUUUUCACGUGUCCGUGGUUGACCAAGGCCAUCUCCUCUGUUGUGCCUCUAUACAAUGGCAUCGUCUUCCUAUUUGUGUUGGCCAACUUCAGCAUGGCCACCUUUAUGGAUCCUGGAGUCUUUCCCAGAGCGGAUGAGGAUGAAGACAAAGACGAUGAUUUCCGAGCUCCGCUUUAUAAAAACGUGGAGAUAAAGGGAAUUCAGGUGCGGAUGAAGUGGUGUGCCACGUGCCACUUCUACAGACCUCCUCGCUGCUCACACUGCAGCGUGUGUGACAACUGUGUGGAGGAGUUUGACCACCACUGCCCAUGGGUGAACAACUGCAUUGGCCGGAGGAAUUAUCGUUACUUCUUCUUGUUUCUGCUGUCUCUAAGUGUUCACAUGGUGGGCGUGUUUUCCUUUGGCCUGCUGUUCGUCUUACACCACCUUGAGAGGCUGAGUGCGCUCCACACCACUGUGACUCUUGUGGUUAUGUGUGUGACUGGCCUGUUCUUCAUCCCUGUUAUGGGCCUCACUGGGUUCCACACGGUUCUCGUAGCCAGAGGACGGACCACAAACGAACAGGUGACAGGAAAGUUCCGAGGAGGAGUGAAUCCAUUCACUCGGGGUUGCUGUGGCAACGUGAAACACGUCUUAUGCAGUCCGCUUGCUCCUAGGUACAUCGCUGAUCCCAGGAAGAAAAUUCCCAUCACCAUGAACCCACCAUUCAUCCGCCCUGACCUCUCUAAUCGACACGUCAGUGUAAAAGUCAGUGAUAAUGGUAUCCACAGUAACAUCCUACGAAGCAAAACCAGUCUGGAUGGUGUGGAUGAUAAAAGUAUAGAUACACAACCACCUCUGCCGCCCAAAGCGGAUCGCUACAACCAGCUCAAGAGUCAACUCACCUCCAGCGAAGAGAGUUCCCUGUCAGGCAAACCCACUAAUCCAUCCACCCCAGCCAUGUACAAAUACCGACCUUCCUUCAGCACCAUGCCUAAAGUGCACUAUCACGCAACCGGAGAGAAGAUUGUAAUGUCUGAGAACGGUAAGCCCUCUGCAGUUUUGGAGGAGAGAGGUCACGAUUACCGCUCGGAGCCGAAUCUGGAUAUGCCGGACUUCCGCAGCACUCCUCUCCACCGAACUUACCAGUCCUCACCUUUCCAGCUGGACUCAUUCAGCACCACUUCUCGCUCAUUCAGUCUCAAACAGGGAGUGAACAGGGCUGACCAGAUGCCACUGGGUGGCAGCAAACCACAAACGGUCACUUCCACCCCUCACAAUGGAGUCUUCUCCCCUGGGACAUUAUCUGGCCGCAAUGGCAGCCUAUCCUAUGAUAGCUUGCUAACCCCCAGCAUUACGCCAUCUGUGGGCGAGUGCGCUGCCCAUCCGGGAGUGCCCUCUAUGGGUUUUCAUUCACCUUACUUGCCCACUAAAAUGUGUCAUGUACGAGGGCCCGAGCUUCAAUGGCACGCCGGCCCGCCAUCCUAUAGUCCUGUUCACGUAGGAGCGAUGUACGGGCGGCAAUCGCCACUCUCAAGAGACCGAGAUCCCUCGCCUGUCCGCUACGACAACCUCUCCAAAACCAUCAUGGCCUCCAUUCAGGAAAGGAAGGAGCUUGAGGAGAGGGAGAAACUCAUGCAUCGGCACGCUCAAGCACUGGUGGCCUAUGCCAACGAUUCUGGUGUGUUUGACACCUGCAGUGGAGCCACCUAUGGACUCCCACCAGGGACGUGCUACCCCGACGGCCCUAGAGGCCCCGGAUCCCGAGAGCCCACCCCUCCUGUGUGCGGCUCUCGGGAUAACUUGAUGGGAGUCGGGGUAGUGGGAUAUGCUCCCCGAACACCUGUUCUGCGUUCCUCUGCAUCUUCACUCACCAGAGUGCCGAGGAUUUCCACUACAUCCCUCCACACUGAUGGAGGCGGUGUGAGCAGGACAGCCGAACACCAAUACCGCUCUCCGGUGCACCAAACGAAUCACUCCCCAACAUCUGUGCCCCGUUCCCCAUCAUAUGCGCAUCAGAGGGUCGCCUUCAUUAGCGCUCUGGAGAGGGCAGACUCACCACAUCUGGGUACAAGAGAGGACCUCGGUCAAGGUAAAAUCAACGGGCAACUAAAGAGCCAAGCACGUGACUGCCAUCUUGGGACUCCUUCUGGAACUCCCAGCAGACACACCAAUGUCAAAAAGGUCACAGGAGUGGGUGGAACUACAUAUGAGAUUUCCGUUUGACGGACAGCUUGAAGAGCCACUGCCUGUGAGGAAAAGCACUGCCAUGGCAACACCACCUCCUCUUGUGCUCAAGACGAUUAAACUUCUCUUUCUUUUCACAUUAUUUUUUUUUAAAUAAUAGUCAAACCGAUUGAUCACAAGACACACAUUAUCUGGUGCAGUUCUGUUGACCCAGUGUAAAAUAUAACAGGAGUGCUUCGUCACAGAAGCGUUGUAUGUUUUUAAAGUGUCAGCCAUCAGGAUAUAAAUCCCACACCACAGAAAAUUCUGGUUUAAUGGCAUCAAAUGAAAAUUUCAAAUAUAUAUACAGUAAGGGCUGAAAAUGUACAGUGUCAGUUCAUUUGUUUGUAUAUAAAAGCUGAAAGGUCGCAUAUUGAAUGCAAAUGUGCUCAGUAUGCUGAUCUUCCACA